GAGAAGAUAAAUAUCACCUUCAUAUAAUACAAAUUUUAUGAUACUCGAUUAAUACAGAUUUAAAAAAGCUAUUAUUUCUUCCUGCUGAAUAUUAUUACAAAAAUAAUCGUUAUAAAUAAUAAAAUAUAAUGCAGCGUAACUUAUGUGCACACAUAAGGACACCAUAUUUGUUGUUAUACUUUCCAACCUAAUCCACAUGGUGUCGUUGUUCAGUCACUAAACAAUCACACGUCAUUCUGAUAGUCGGUUGCUUACGACUAAUUGUAAUAGUGAGGUGUCAUAUCAAUCAAGUUAAAGUUAUUAUAAAAAUGUCCGAUGUAACAAACUGGUUUAAUUCUUUACCCAUUUUUACGAGAUAUUGGUUAUUAUGUACUGCUGUUUGUACCUUAGCCGGAAGAUUUGGAUUAGUACACCCACAUUCUCUAAAACUUAUAGGCGAUCGUUUUAUAAACAAUUUUGAAAUUUGGCGAGCAGCGACCAGUGUUUUCUUUUAUCCACUUAAUUCGGGUACAGGAUUCCAUUUCUUAAUAAAUUGUUAUUUUCUGUAUAAUUAUUCAUUGAGGUUAGAACGUGGAGAAUACGAUGGACGGCCAGCAGAUUAUUGCUUCUUACUCUUAUUUAAUUGGAUAUGCUGUGUUAUCAUAGGACUAAUUGGCGAAUUUCAGUAUCUUAUGGAUCCUAUGGUACUCAGUAUAUUAUAUGUUUGGUGUCAAUUAAACAAAGAUGCCAUUGUUAACUUCUGGUUUGGUACACAAUUUAAAGCAAUGUACUUGCCAUGGGUGUUAUUUGCAUUUAAUCUUAUUAUUUCUGGAGGCGGUAUGAUGGAACUGUUUGGUAUCUUAGUUGGACAUCUUUAUGUAUUUUUGAAAUUUAAAUAUCCUCAAGAACUUGGUGGGCCAGAAUUACUAAAUACUCCAAAAAUUCUUGAAUCAUAUUUUCCACCUCAGAGAGGUGGUUGGAGAUGGAUAGGCGCUACAUCAACUCAGAGGGCACCAGCACAACCUAUUAGAAAUACAUUUGGUGGUCACAAUUGGGGACAAGGGCACGUGUUAGGACAAUAAAUUAUAAUAUAAAAUGUGACAUUUAUGUAAAUUCUUUUCAUUAUUUUGUUUUGAUUGAAGUAAUUGAAACAUCAUAAAGAAUAUGUAAUAUAUAAUUUUAUUUUCUGGAUAUGUUUUAGGAUAUUUAUCAGUAUAAAUUUAGUUAACAAUUUAAUUAAGAAUGUAAAAUGGAAAUGUCUUUUAUUAUAAAGUUUUGUAUAUGUAAAAAGUUACUAUUGCACUUGUAAUUGUAUAACAAAAUUUUGUUUAGAGUUCAAUAGUUCAGAACUUCCAGAUAAAUAAUUGUAAAAUAAAAUUGUUUAUAUCUUUGUCUAACAUACGAAAUUAUAUUAAUUAAAUCUUGU